GAUGGACCCCGGCGACGCGGCCAUUUUGGAGUCUUCCUUAAGGAUCCCUUACCGGUUUUUCGAGACAGUGCUGCCGCCACUGCCCGCGGCCUUGCAGGGCAGGAUGAAUGUGAUAGACCACGUGCGGGACAUGGCGGCCGCGGGGCUGCACUCCAACGUGCGGCUCCUCAGCAGCUUGUUACUUACAAUGAGUAAUAACAACCCUGAGUUAUUCUCCCCAUCUCAGAAGUACCAGCUUUUGGUGUAUCAUGCAGAUUCUCUCUUUCAUGAUAAGGAAUAUCGGAAUGCUGUGAGUAAGUAUACCAUGGCUUUACAGCAGAAGAAAGCGCUAAGUAAAACUUCAAAAGUGAGACCUUCAACUGGAAAUUCUGCAUCUACUCCACAAAGUCAGUGUCUUCCAUCUGAAAUUGAAGUGAAAUACAAAAUGGCUGAAUGUUACACAAUGCUAAAACAAGAUAAAGAUGCCAUUGCUAUACUUGAUGGGAUCCCUUCAAGACAAAGAACUCCCAAAAUAAACAUGAUGCUGGCAAACCUGUACAAGAAGGCUGGUCAGGAGCGCCCUUCAGUCACCAGCUAUAAGGAGGUGCUGAGGCAGUGCCCAUUAGCCCUUGAUGCCAUUCUAGGCUUGCUGUCCCUUUCUGUAAAAGGGGCAGAGGUGGCGUCCAUGACAAUGAAUGUGAUCCAAACCGUGCCUAACUUGGACUGGCUAUCUGUGUGGAUCAAAGCGUAUGCUUUUGUGCACACCGGUGACAACUCAAGAGCAAUCAAUACCAUCUGUUCACUAGAGAAAAAAUCCUUAUUGCGAGAUAACGUGGACCUACUGGGAAGCUUAGCAGAUCUGUACUUCAGAGCCGGAGACAAUAAAAACUCUGUCCUCAAGUUUGAACAGGCACAGAUGUUGGAUCCUUAUCUGAUAAAAGUUCUGGGGUUUUUUUGUUGUUUUUUUGUUGUCUGCAGCUGUCACAGCUUCUAUAGCAAACGCUACUCACGGGCCCUCUAUUUAGGAGCCAAGGCCAUUCAGCUGAACAGUAAUAGUGUUCAAGCUUUGCUACUUAAGGGAGCAGCACUUAGGAACAUGGGCAGAGUCCAAGAAGCAAUAAUCCACUUUCGGGAGGCCAUACGGCUCGCACCUUGUCGCUUAGAUUGUUAUGAAGGUCUUAUCGAGUGUUACUUAGCCUCCAACAGUAUUCGAGAAGCAAUGGUAAUGGCUAACAACGUUUACAAAACUCUGGGAGCAAAUGCACAGACCCUUACCCUUUUAGCCACCGUUUGUCUUGAAGACCCAGUGACACAGGAGAAAGCCAAAACGUUAUUAGAUAAAGCCCUGACCCAAAGGCCAGAUUACAUUAAGGCUGUGGUGAAAAAAGCAGAACUGCUUAGCAGAGAACAGAAAUAUGAAGAUGGAAUUGCUUUGCUGAGGAACGCACUGGCUAAUCAGAGUGACUGUGUCCUGCAUCGGAUCCUAGGAGAUUUCCUUGUAGCUGUCAAUGAGUAUCAGGAGGCAAUGGACCAGUAUAGUAUAGCACUAAGUUUGGACCCCAAUGACCAGAAGUCUCUAGAGGGGAUGCAGAAGAUGGAGAAGGAGGAGAGUCCCACGGAUGCCACUCAGGAGGAGGAUGUGGACGACAUGGAAGGGAGUGGGGAAGAAGGGGACCUGGAGGGCAGCGACAGUGAGGCGGCCCAGUGGGCUGACCAGGAGCAGUGGUUCGGCAUGCAAUGAGGGGGCGGCAGCUCCAUGGCCGCACUGGCCUGCCCUGCUCUGAGCACUUCCGUGGACUGAAGGAACCGUAGGAGCCUGCUCUCAGGAGGACAAUGAUUCAGCAUGUGAUUGCAGCAGGGGUCUCUGCCCCCUCGCUCCCGAUUCCUAGUCGUGACUUCAUUUCUAAAACAGAGCCUGACCAACCUUCCAUGUAUCUCCAUCCUCCCCUGCUCCAGCCAGGGAGGAUUGAGGGAGUGCCCCAAGACCCACACACAUGUUGGGGCUUCUGGGCCAAGAGUACUUUUUAUGUAACUAAUUUCUAAAUCCAAAAGCUCAAGGAAUAGACAGUGUUCUGUGACAUGGAUGGGUUUGAAAGAGUUACCCACCAUCCCAGCACGAUAGUGUCAUCUCCCAAGUUGGAUGGCAGCACGAUCUGGCCCUAGGGAGCUUCCUGUUCCCAGAAGUCACUGUCCUGGGCUAUCCAGAUGUCCCUAGUAAUCUUGCUUCCUUCUGCAAUGUUAGUAAUGCCUUAAGCUGACAGUUGCUAUUUUGCAGAACAGUUUUCCUCUUUGCUUAGCUGGUAACUUCCCUCCGAGCCUGGGCUGAUCUGAGAAACAGGUGUGAUGAGAGCAUGAACAGAGAUGCACCUGGGGCAGUUCCCUAAUAAAACUGGUUUGUACAGUCAUGGUGUUGGGGUGAUCAGAAUGGAAGCCCUUUUUAAAAUAGACUCUUAGUA